AUGUCUCGAAGUCCUGAUGCAAAGGAAGACCCUGUGGAAUGUCCCCUUUGCAUGGAACCCUUAGAGAUCGAUGAUAUCAACUUUUUCCCUUGCACUUGUGGCUACCAAAUUUGCCGUUUCUGUUGGCAUCGUAUUCGCACUGAUGAGAAUGGACUUUGUCCUGCUUGCAGAAAGCCAUAUCCAGAAGACCCAGCAGUGUAUAAACCACUUUCCCAAGAAGAACUGCAAAGGAUAAAGAAUGAGAAAAAACAGAAGCAGAAUGAAAGGAAACAGAAGAUAUCAGAGAAUCGCAAACAUUUGGCCAGUGUACGUGUUGUACAAAAGAACCUCGUUUUUGUGGUAGGACUCUCCCAGCGUUUAGCAGACCCAGAGGUUUUAAAACGACCAGAAUAUUUUGGGAAGUUUGGUAAAAUACAUAAAGUUGUCAUCAAUAAUAGCACAUCAUAUGCAGGCUCACAGGGUCCAAGCGCCAGUGCUUACGUCACCUACAUCCGGUCAGAAGAUGCUCUCAGAGCCAUACAGUGUGUCAACAAUGUAGUAGUAGAUGGCAGAACACUUAAGGCUUCUCUAGGUACAACAAAAUACUGCAGUUACUUCCUAAAGAAUAUGCAAUGUCCAAAACCCGACUGCAUGUAUCUACAUGAAUUGGGGGAUGAAGCAGCUAGCUUCACAAAAGAGGAAAUGCAGGCGGGUAAACACCAAGAGUAUGAACAGAAGCUACUUCAAGAAUUAUAUAAAUUAAACCCCAAUUUUCUUCAGCUAUCUACGGGUUCCAUUGACAAGAAUAAGAACAAAGUGACACCAUUGCAGAGGUAUAUGCCUAACCCCAUUGACAAACCUUCAGAUUCCCUCAGUAUAGGGAAUGGUGACAAUUCCCAACAGAUAUCUAACAGUGAUACACCGUCACCACCUCCUGGUUUAUCAAAACCUAAUCCAGUUAUCCCCAUCAGUUCAUCUAAUCACAGUGCAAGGUCCCCUUUUGAAGGGGCAGUAACAGAGUCACAGUCACUCUUCUCGGACAACUUCCGGCACCCCAACCCCAUUCCUAGCGGGCUACCCCCUUUCCCCAGCUCCCCACAGACUUCCAAUGACUGGCCAACAGCACCAGAACCACAGAGCCUCUUCACAUCAGAAACAAUUCCAGUGUCAUCCUCUACAGACUGGCAAGCAGCAUUUGGCUUUGGUUCCUCUAAACAGCAAGAGGAUGACUUGGGGUUUGACCCCUUUGAUAUCACUCGCAAAGCCUUAGCAGACCUGAUUGAGAAGGAACUGUCGGUCCAAGAUCAACCCUCCCUUUCGCCCACAUCUCUUCAGAACCCUUCCUCACACACUACAACCGCCAAAGGGCCUGGCCCUGGAUUUCUGCAUCCUGCUGCACCCACAAAUGCCAACUCUCUCAGUAGCACCUUUUCAGUCUUGCCACAGAGGUUCCCUCAGUUUCAGCAACACCGGGCGGUUUAUAAUUCAUUCAGUUUUCCAGGCCAGGCAGCCCGCUAUCCUUGGAUGGCCUUUCCACGAAAUAGCAUCAUGCACUUGAACCACACAGCAAACCCCACCUCAAAUAGUAAUUUCUUGGACUUGAAUCUCCCGCCACAACACAGCACAGGUCUGGGAGGGAUCCCUAUAGCAGACAACAACAGUUCUGUAGAGAGUUUAAAUAUGAAGGAAUGGCAGGACGGGCUAAGGGCACUUCUACCCAACAUUAACAUCAACUUUGGUGGACUGCCCAAUGCUUCUUCCCCCUCCAACGCCAACCACAGUGCACCAACGUCCAACACUGCCACCACCGACAGCCUGAAUUGGGACAGCCCUGGCAGCUGGAUGGACCCCGCCAUCAUCACAGGUAUCCCAGCAUCAACAGGAAAUAAUUUAGACUCUCUUCAAGACGACAAUCCUCCACACUGGCUAAAAUCCCUUCAGGCCCUCACAGAGAUGGACGGCCCCAGUGCUGCUCCGUCACAAACCCACCACAGUAACCCCUUCAACACACAGAUCCCUCUGCACAGAGCCAGCUGGAAUCCUUACUCUCCCCCUUCAAAUCCCACCAGUUUCCAUUCCCCACCCCCAGGCUUUCAGACCGCCUUCAGACCACCCAGCAAAACCCCGACAGAUUUACUACAGAGUUCAGCACUGGACCGCCAUUAGGGAAGGAGAAAAAACCAUUAGAAAUGCAGGAAUUGCCCCGCCCUGUCUCCUCCCUCUCAACUUACCCACAGUACCCUUCUCAUAACUUUCUUUCUGAAGAAUCCAGUUCCUGAUCAACUCUUUUUUCCCUUUCCUCCCACCCCCAGAUGCAAUGCGAUCACAGGGUCAUUUACCAUCUUUUUUGUCAUAAGUUUUUGCUGGUCCAGUGUUUAACCAACGCUGUUGAUUAUUUCCUAAAAUGCCUUUUAAGGAGGAGAGAGAGAGAAAGAGAGAGAGAGAACAAGA